ACUAAAAUAGCUCACAACGUUUUAUUUCUCUUUCCCUUUGAACUAUUUUCUGCUCUCCAACUAUAGUCCUUCUUCUUUCUUCCUAGAAGUAAAAGUUUAAAGAACUAUGGGUGGCUUGGAAGUUGAGAAAACAGCUAUUGGUUGGGCUGCAAGAGACCCUUCUGGUGUACUUUCACCUUAUACCUACACUCUCAGGAACACAGGGCCUGAAGAUGUGCAAGUGAAAGUUUUGUACUGUGGACUUUGUCACAGUGAUCUUCACCAGGUUAAAAAUGAUCUUGGCAUGUCCAACUACCCUAUGGUUCCUGGACAUGAAGUUGUUGGUGAGGUGGUGGAGGUAGGGCCAGAGGUGACAAAAUUCAAAGUGGGGGACACAGUUGGAGUAGGAUUGCUAGUUGGAAGUUGCAAGAAGUGCAGGCCUUGCAAGCAAGACAUAGAGCAAUACUGUGGCAAGAAAAUAUGGAACUACAAUGAUGUCUACACUGAUGGCAAGCCCACCCAGGGUGGUUUUGCUAAUUUCAUGGUGGUUGAGCAAAAGUUUGUGGUGAAAAUUCCAGAGGGUAUGGCACCAGAACAGGCAGCACCACUAUUAUGUGCUGGUGUGACAAUAUACAGUCCAUUGAACCAUUUUGGUUUUAACCAGAGUGGAUUAAGAGGUGGCAUUUUGGGAUUAGGAGGAGUAGGACACAUGGGAGUGAAAGUAGCAAAGGCAAUGGGACACCAUGUUACUGUCAUUAGCUCUUCAAAUAAGAAAAGACAAGAGGCAUUGGACCACCUUGGUGCUGAUGAUUAUCUUGUUAGUUCAGACACUGAGAAAAUGCAAGAGGCAGCUGAUUCACUUGACUAUAUCAUUGACACUGUCCCUGUUCAUCACCCUCUUGAACCUUAUCUUUCUUUGCUUAAAGUUGACGGCAAGUUAAUCUUGAUGGGAGUUAUCAACAAGCCCUUGCAAUUUGUCUCCCCCAUGGUUAUGCUUGGGAGAAAGAGCAUUACAGGAAGCUUUAUUGGGAGCAUGAAAGAAACAGAGGAAGUGCUACAGUUUUGCAAAGAAAAAGGUGUGACUUCACAGAUUGAGAUGGUGAAAAUGGAUUACAUCAACAUUGCAAUGGAGAGGUUGGAGAAAAAUGAUGUGAGGUACAGAUUUGUGGUGGAUGUUGCUGGAAGCAAGCUUGAACAGUAAUUACACACAAAAAAAAAAAAAAAAAAAAAAAAAAAACAUGGAAUGGUUCAUCAAAAAAGGCUAUAAUAUGAACUAUGUAUAAGAGAAAUUAAAGUACUCAACUUUGAUAUUGUCAUCUUUGUAUCCUGUUUUUUCUUUAAUUUGCACCUAUAUUUUUCGUAUUUGGUGAUUGAGUGUGACAGUGUAUUUGAUUUUCUUUCUUGAAAGCAAUAUAAUUGUGAAACUUUAUUUU